AUGAAGAUGCAGUUUCGUGCUGCUCUGGCGUCUCUGUCAUUGUCUUUCGCUUCAACACUGGCUACUGCUAGUAUCACCGAAGCCAUAGCCUCAUCUGAUGACUCGCGCCAAAUAAAAAAUGAGAAUCUCUCAUCAGCCGAGAUUUUCCGGCGCAACUCCCAGGUUGCAUCCCGUCUGUCAGAAGGACCAGCCCGGGGGAUUCGAAAGAUGAGCGAUGAUGAAGGCGAAAAGUUCUUCCUCGACUACUGGGACUUUAUGGGCUCGACAGGUGACACUGACUCACAACUACCGGAAGGAUUCAACCAAACCUUACUAUCUACGGAUUUCGACAAUGGUUACUCACCUGCGAGGUUGGUAGGGCGGUCAUUUCCGUUUGGGUCCUCCACUCCCUCGGUAUUUGGAGAUGGUCUCCAGGCACGGCAUUUCAAAUGCCCGGUCGGCACAUGGGCCUGCACGUCAAUCGGCCGAUCCGAUCGCUGUUGUGGGUCCGGGGAGACAUGUGAAAUUGUCAAAGACACGGGCCACGGUGAUGUAGGCUGCUGUGCCCUUGGGAAGACAUGCAAUGGAUUGGUUGGUUCAUGCGCCGCUGGCUAUACGGCUUGCUCGCAGGCACUGGGCGGAGGGUGUUGUAUUCCGGGAUAUCAUUGUGUUGAAGGGGGAUGCGCAUACAUAACAGUUGUCACUGUGACUGUUCAUUCAACCGUGAUGCUAUCCACGGUCACCUACUCUACGGCUCCGCAAACCAGCACAUCACCUACCAGUUCGCCUCGAACUACUUCAACAGAUACAAAUGACGGGUUGGUACCACCGGCCCGACCGACAAGUCUCUCAACGGCGACAAGCAUGACCCGGGGUGAUGACACCUGCCCGACUGGGUUUUAUGCUUGCUCUGCUGUUUACCACGGGGGUUGCUGCCGCACAGGACGAGACUGUGAUACCACUUCAUGCCCGACAACAUCCUCCACCACUUUUAUAUCCAACGGAGUGACGAUUGUUGCGCCAGUGGAAACGGCCACAGAGGAAGCGAAAGCUACUGGAAAUCGGUGCGCCAAGGGAUGGUUUCACUGUGCCGACACUGUAGGCGGAGGGUGCUGUCCUCAGGGAUUUGCAUGUGGUGCUAGCUGUACGGCAACUGACACCGCGUCCAAGACGACUGUUGGUAAGGAGCAACCGACCAGCGGAGACGGAUUCCAGUUGGGAGUUAGUAAAAUGUUCCUGUUUAGCGUAUUGGGUAGCAUCUGGAUGUUUUAA